CACCGAAGCAGAUAUAUUGCUGCUAGUGAAGCUGUUAAAGAAAUUGAAUGGUUAGGUGAUCUUACUACUGUUAUGGAUCUCACACUAAACAAAACAAAAUUAUAUGUUGACAAUGAACCAGCAAUUAAGUUAAGUAAGAAUCCAGUAAUGCAUCCAAGAACUAAACAUAUCGCACUGAGAUAUCACAAAAUCAGACAUGCAGUGGAACAGGAUAUUGUUGAUUUGGAAUAUGUUAAUACAAAAGACCAACAGGCUGAUAUCCUAACUAAAAUUUUAGCUAAAUCCCAAUUUGAAACCUUAAGAGAUGAAUUAGUCUCAAAUUUAACUACUUAA